AUGACCCAGAUUCAACAUGGUAGCGCUGCGUUCUACGAUCCAGAGGAAUAUCGCAAGAUGUUCAUAAACUCGAAAGGGAUGUUCCAAACGGUGAACAUCAAAGAAGUAUUACCAGAUGAAGAACCUGAGGGUAUGAUUAAAGGAAAGUAUAUGAUAAUUAGAGGUAUUCCUGACUCCUCUGCUGAACAUCAGAUAGCAAUAACAAUCGUCGAAAAUGAAGAAAUGUAUCAGUCAUGGUUAAUUGAUCUAUACCGUUACCUUCACCGUCAUAACGUUGAUAAUGCCAUGACACCUAAGGAACUUAAGCUUCCUAAGUCCCUUACUGCAAACCAGAGAUUCUGGUUACGGGAUGUCAAUGAACAAUGUGUACACAUAUCUAAAAUGCCAACAUGGUUGGAGCAUGAGCUCGAGGGUUUAUAUACCUCAGAUGAUCGUUUAUUGAACGUCUUGACAUACACAAGAGUCAAGUAUGACCCUGAAAGAUUGUAUGAAGAAAUCUGUGGUUUCAGAUUACAGAAAUAUUAUAAAUUGGAAAAUGUGGAAAGAAUUUUACAAAACUUCAAUGAAAGACUGGAAUUAGCACGAUUGCCAUCUCUAGAACCGCUAUUGGUUGAACGGGCAAUCGAAGGAAUGAUGGUGACAAAGGAUAGAAAUGGAAGAUUUCAUAACUUUGCACACUUAGAACCAAGAUUAACUCACAUAAUUGCAGAGAUUCGUGAAAAAAUAGCCGACGAGAAGUUCUAUCUCCACAGAAAUGAAAGUAUGAGAACCAACGAUGUCGGUAAAAAGGUUCAUAAACCUUACAACAAGUUUAGCAAUAAACCAAACAACAACAAAAACUUCACCAAGAAGUCCAACGUUAAACAAAGCACACCUAAGGUUGACGACAAAAACGAAUCCAAAACUGUAGCUAAUCUUAGGCAUUGA